AUGGAGGUGAGUCGAUGAGAAUUAUGGAAAUUCAAUGGAAGAUUUAGUUUCGAAGCGUUGCUUACAUAGACUUUGUGCUAGAGGAGGCAGCUGAGGAAGCCGCCGAGAGGCAGAAGUGAGCCAUUUUUUGAGGAUUCGUACUGAAUAAUCGUCUAAAAGACUUUUGUAAAAAUUUUUUAUCGCUUUCCUAGUUUUUUGAGCUAUUUUGCGAUGUAACGAUGUUACGCAUUUUUGCGAUGUGUGUCCAGAUAUUAAUUUCGAGUCGCCGAUCAAGCUCCGCCCCUAAUGACGCGAAAAACCAAUCAGAGAGCGAGCCACCUACAGAGCGUUUUUGGAUGACGUCAUUCUAAUUGACAGCCAAAAUUUGAACCGAUUAUGACGUCAUUCGAAAACGCUUUUUGUAUGGCUCGCUCUCUGAUUGGUUUAUCUCUCUAUGAGGGGCGGAGCUUGAGUGAAGUCCUGUCUUUCAAAACCUGAAUAGACUAUACCAAUUUUCUCAAGCAAUUUUCAGACUUUUUUUUCCAAAAUUUACUUCUAAAAAUCUCGUCUUAAGAUACGUUGAGAAAUUUGAGAAAAAAGGUGAAAGUAAAUUGAAGAUGUCACUCAAGGACACUUAGCAGCCCUAAAGAGAACACUUGAAGUUUUUUCGCUCAUUAAAAUAGCUUUUAACGCGGGCUAAAAACACGAUUAUAGCUGAAUUUACAACUGGCUUGAGCAUCCAAAUAAGGGUCCCGACACGAUAAAAAAAAAAGAGAUAUUAUCUGGUCGGUGGAGAGCGCAGACAGGCCACGCCCCUUUGAAAAGGUCCUGACACGAUAAAAAGAGACAGUACCUGGUUUGUAGAGAGCUAGCCGUGAUUAGACUAUAUACUUCGUUUUCGAGUGUCUGCGUCUCUCUUUUCCCUCACCGGCACGGUCGGAGUAAAGUGAAAAUAGCACGCCAAUUUGAGAGGGUCGCCGAGAGACGAGGAGGGCGCAGAGAGGCUUGAGACAUUAUAGAAAUGAAAAUAAAAUUUUAUAAAAAAACAGGAAAAAGCCGGAAAAAGCCGGAAAGGUUCUUAGAAUAUGAAAAAAGGGAAAAUUCGUUUUUCAUCGAUAAUCGAGUUUUUUUCAGACAAGAAGGCGGUGCGCUAUCGGCUAUGAUUUAUAAUCCGGAUCCGGAACUCAAAUUCGAAAUACCAGACAACGAUGAAGACAUAAUGAAAGAAGUCAUGAUUUUCGCGAAAAGGGUCCUCCCUUACUUGUAGUUCGUUUUUUUUUUCAGUUUUCAAAAUAUGCUUUUUGGUGUUUAGGGGUUUCAAUAGGGAACAAAUAUUGUGAGAAAAAAAAAAUCAAAAUUUCAAGAUAUUCUGCUCACAUGUGCUUCGAGGUCCGUUGAAUCCAAAAAAAAAAGAAAAUCACGUUUUUUUCCGCUUUUUUGGCCGAGUGAUAGCACCAAAAAGAAAUGCGUGUACUGAUAUUACUUGCGGAAAGAUCUUUUGUCGGGGGGAACGGCUUGGUAAAGUGGCUAGCGUUCCUGAACGCGAGGCCAGCGGUUCGAGUUCGACACCUUUCGGGGGAAUUUAUUUUUGCCAUUUUUUUUGGAUGGAAAGCUUUUGAAAUUGCCAUGAUGGAAUUAUUGGAACUUAAAAAAACUUCUAAUUCAUUUUUUUGAGUGAUUUUUGUCGCAAAAUUUUAAUUUUUUCAUUCUAGUUAUUUUUCACUAGUCAAAAGUAUAUAAUAGAAAUUUUAUGACGGAAAAAGACGGUAAAACCAGGAAUUUCCAGUAGUUUUUCUUGCUCCAUCAUCAUAAUUUCAACAGGUUUCUUAUGGAAAAAUAACGGAUUUAGAAAAAAAAAUGCAUUCUUAUGUAGUAAAAGGAUCCUUAUCAAAAAAAUCACUCUUUUAAAAAAAGUUUUAACUGAAGAAUUAGAAUGUAUGAGAUUGAAGAAGAAGUGAAAAACUUUAUGAACCUCAAUUUUAUAGGUACUCGAAAUUCAAUGAAAUAUUUCUUUCAUUUUCAGUCCAAUUACGGGAUGUUUCUCUAACGGCAGUCGUCCAGUGGAGUUCUUCAUGAACAUCAUCUCCUAUUAUCUGAAAGAUGAUGAACACUCGCAGUUCUGUCGGUGUAUUGUAAGGAGUCUGAAAAUACAGGGCGCGUCAUAAGUAUAGAGACUUUUUCUUCGAAUUAUCCAUGUAUGCUUAUGACGCACACUGUAGGUUUCACCAACAAUGAACCAAGAAGCUUCAAAAGCUUCCAAUUUUUACAGCGAGGGAGGCGGGGCAGGGGGCGAGACGCGGUUCUUGGCACGAGUUCAAUUCAAUUGCCGCUGACUAUUUAAAAAAACUCGGCAACCGCUCUUUCUUUAUUUGUUCUACUAUUUUUCAAUGCGCACAUGAAAAAAAUCAAGAAAUAACUUCAAGAGAACUGAAAAGAGCGAUAAACGAGCUCUCCAAAUAGUCGCUGGCGGUUAAAUUGAACUCGUGCCAAGAACCGCGUACGCACACGCUACGCGUCCCGCCUCCCUCGCUUUUUAAUUCGGGAAACAUUGACUAUACUUUUAAAACGUGACCGUCUGAACACACUAUAGAAACCUAUAAAUGUGUCAUUUUGAGAUCGAGAACGGCCCUUACAAGUACUUCAUUGAAUUCUCCCAGUACCCACUCAUCCGCCAGCAUUUCCUAUUUCACGAGAGACGCGACGGCAGAUUCUUCAGAAGGGUCAGAAAAUGGAUAGCAACGAAAGAUAGCCGAUAAAGAAAGUUCUGAUGAUUCGGAGCAGAGAGGGACAGAAUUUAGAGUUUUUCGAUAUCUUAAAAAUAUACAGCUGGCUUCGAAAUAUUGAGAGAUGUUGAAAGCACUGCCAGUGACCACUUAAGGGUCCUGGCACGAUAAAAGAAGAGACAAUGUAUGGUUGGUGGAGAGCGCAGACAGGCCACGCCCCUUUGCGUUCCAAGCUAACCUUGAACCGGUUAUAAUUUUUUUUUUUCAAAAACCUCAAUUUGAAAAUAAAGUUCCGUCCAUCUCUGAUAUGGUUGAAGCACCCCCAGUGAUCACUUAAGGGGAUGUCGAGGCAUUUUUAGUGACCACUUUAGCAGCGUCAGCAUUCUUAAGUGAUCCCUAGGAAUGCUUAGAAACAUCCGGUUUGCGUUACCGAGACUCGAGAAAAUCUCUUUUUUUUCCAAAUGUAGAUAUGCUCCCAUGUGUCCCACUACAAGAUUCAGAUUUUUUAGACCACAUUAAAGGAUUUUUGACCCCUUUUCUACUAAUAUGAUUAAAAAGGCCAUUUUCUGUUGGAAUAAGGGGAGAAAAAUAAAAGAAAUACAAGUUUUGAAAAUGCCGGAUUUCGAAUUUGCUUGAUUUUUUCAGACUUCCUGGCGUUAGAAAAAAGUCGAUUUUCAGUUCAUCGAACCUUCUUUAUCGGCUGUACUUUAUUGGUUGCCGACUCUCUGGCUAGAAUGAAAAUGUGAUUUUCAGGUUCACGAGGAUGUAUUCCCGAACUGGAGACUUAUCGGUUAUGGGAAUCCAUCCGAUUCUGAUCAAGAACAAAUGGAACUAGAUGAUUGUGCGUUUGUUUUUUUCACCAGAAAGGGAUAAUAUUGACCCAAGUUAGGAAUUUUGAACUUGAACUUGAAUAGAAUGACUGUAAAUAGAGAAAUAUCGAUCGAGAAGGUCUCGCUAGGCUUUAUCGUUGCCCUAUAAGAAAUAGAGAAAAAGAAGUGAUUGCUUUGGGGCUUUUCAUUGUCCUAUUUGAAAGAGGGCACGCCCAGUUGCCCGGUCCAGUUUAUCCCGCCCGAUUCUGAGCAUAUUGAUCCGAGUUAUGAAUUUUUUGAAGUUGAAAUUGAAUAGAACGACUAAAAGUACCACUAACAAGGAAAGGGAUUUUACGCAACGGUUGGGAUUUUUCUGGAAAUCGAUCAGAACACUCUCAGAUGUACCAAAAGUAGAUUCUGAAAGUUUAAACCUGAAAAACUUUCUAGUUUUCCAGAAAAAGGCCUCAAAAUGGCAUAUUUUUACGAAUUUUUAGUUUUCUUUGACUUUGAGGGGUCCUUUCUUGAGAACUAGGUAAUUUUGAAGGUUGAGACUUUGAGAAUCUUGUUCUGGUACAUCAAGAAGAAUCCUAGCCAAUUUUCAGAAAAUUCCCAACCCAAAGUGGAUUUACCUCCCUGUGGGAAAGUAUAUAAAUUCGUUUCUUCAGGACUUGGCUUGGAUCUCGAGUUCAACGAGGCGGUUACAACAGUUUUUGCUUUUGAAUAUUCUACUCAUUAUUGAUCUCUUCGAAAAAAAGUUUGAAUGUUGUUAUUAUGCAUUAUAUUUCGAUUGAAAUUAACCGGAAUAACUUGUCUAAUAUAUUUAUUUUUUUGUGUAGUUUUUGAAUAUAUUUUGUUCUUGUGAAUAUAUUGGGCUCAUGGAAAUCUUAAAGGCAUAGGGGCAGUAAAAAAUGGGGUUUCAGGUGAAAGCAGUAUCUUAUACAGUUUUUCUUUGCGAAUCGAAUGGUGUACUCAAAAAAAUUACAGAUGUGACAACUUUAGAAGAAAAACGCGAUUUUACUUUCCCGCCUUUAAUUUUGAAAAAUGCUUUGGAUCGGUAUACAGACAAAUGUUUACAGUAGCGGUGCACGCGAUGUUGCGGACGUCUCAUUAG